AUGCGCUCGCCAUGUGAGGAGAUGUUCGCAGUGGUGUCUCACGCGACGGAAAUGCAAUUGUUGGUGGUGAUGCGCCUGAGAGUCGGCCUACAUGUAAGUUACGGAGGUCGCGGCCACAAAGCGACGACAAUGACGCAGCGCUUGGUAAUAGGCUAA